AUGCCCGAGAAAAAGCAGCUACGCAUCCUCUGCUUCGGCGACUCCUUAACCGCCGGAUACCAUAGCUGGGGUAUCGGUGCACAUCCAUACGCAGCAAAGCUAAAGCAAACCCUUGAAACUGCUCUGCCCAACCUCGAAAUCGAAAGCAAAGUGGAUGGCGUCCCCGGAGACCUGGUGGUUCCCCCUGGCAGCUUUUUACGUCGAAUCCAGGACGAUUGCAAGACUCAAUGGGAUUGGGUUAUAUUCCUCGGUGGGACAAAUGAUUUGGGCUAUGGAAAGACGCCUGAGGAAAUCUACGCGGGGCUCCAGACCUCGUGGAAUGUCGCGCUCGACGCGGGGGCCAAACUGCUGGCCUUGACCGUGCCAGAAUGCGCCGUUCGAUCGGAACAAUUAAUUGGAAGACGCGCUGAAUUGAAUGAGCUCAUUCUAUCUCAUGGGCAGGACCGGUUCCAUGCCUUCAACCUUCACGAGAAGAUCCCCUACUUCUCUUCCAGUCCUGAGUUUACGAGGGAUGUAUUUGAUGACGGUCUUCAUCUAACACCUAAAGGCUACGAUCUUAUGGGUAACGUGAUUGGGCAACAUCUCGCACGCUUACUGCGCGACGAAGGGAUCGCAGACAAGACAGAUGAAGAUGACUUGUAG